AUGAGUUCAGCAUCUAACAAACAAACCAUCGUCAUCACCGGUGCCAGCUCAGGCAUAGGCAAAGCUACCGCCAAGCACUUUCACGCCCAGGGUUGGAACGUGGUCGCCACCAUGCGCAGCCCUGAGAAAGAGACAGAUUUAAAAGAAGAUGCGCGGCUCAAACUCAUGCGUUUGGAUGUGGAGGAUAAACCCAGUAUUGAAGCUGCUGUACAAGCGUCUUUGCGGGCAUUUGGCAAAAUCGAUGUAUGGCUAAACAAUGCAGGAUAUGGUACUACAGGCCCUGUAGAAGCGGGUAGCGACGCAGAAAUUCGCCGCCAAUACGAUGUGAAUUUCUUUGGCGUGAUUGACUGCAUCAAGGCUGUGUUGCCGCACUUCAAGCAAAACAAAAAUGGGAUGUUUAUCAACAUUACCUCUAUAGGUGGUUUGCUGACUUUUCCGCUGUUUGGGGUGUAUAACUCCUCCAAAUUUGCCUUGGAGGGUUUGUCCGAAGGCAUGUGGUACGACUUGCAACCUUUUGGUAUUAAAGUCAAAGUAGUGGAGCCUGGUGCGAUACGCACAGACUUUGCAGGGCGGUCUUUAAACAUAUUUGACUUGAAAGACUUUCCUGAGUAUCAAAGC